AUGGCCGAGAAAAAAUUCGAGCUUAGAGGGUGGGAGUUCAGUGAUGUCAAUGCUGAUACUUCUGCCGAUACAAAUGUGUUCGGCCUGGUAUGGAAUAAAAAAUCUGACACUCUACGAAUUAAUACUGCAAGUGUAAAAGAAUUAUGCUUUGAAAAGGUAACUAAGCGAUUAAUCUUAUCUACAGCUCAUAGAUUGUUCGAUCCUCUUGGUAUAUGUUGUCCUGUCAUCCUAAUUCCUAAAUUAUUGCUUCAAGAAACGUGGAAACAGAAAAUAACAUGGGAUGAAGAAGUUGAUAAAAUUACAAAAAAUACAUUUUUAAAAUGGCUAAAAGAUAUUGACUGUUUAGAGAAAAUCCGUUUUCCAAGAUAUUUUGGUUCAGAGAUUGCAAGUGGAAAUAUUUCAGUACAUAUUUUCUGUGAUGCUAGUAAGCAUGCUUAUGCUGUCGCUGCUUUCAUCCGAAUACAGACUUGUGAUUCAGUUAAAGUACAACUUAUACAAGCCAGGAGUAGAGUUUCACCAACAGGAAAGGAAGGGAUUACUAUCUCUAGACUUGUACUUGCAGCUACUGUCUCAGCAAGACUUUCAACUUCUAUUUUGUCAGAGAUACAGAGUGAAGAAGUUUACUUCUGGACUGAUUCUUCGACUGUCUUGACAUGGAUUAUGAGAGAAGAAGCCUGGAAAGUCUUUGUCCAGAAUAGAGUGAAGGAAAUUAGAGCGUUAACAAAUAAAAGUUCUUGGAGACAUAUCCCUGGUUCCAUGAAUCCUGCUGAUCUCCCGAGUAGAGGUUGUUCAGCUCAAACUUUAUUGAAAUCUAACUGGUGGUUAGGACCAAGUUGGCUUUACUAG